CACUCUUGUCGGAAUCCAACCAGAGAUACUCUUUCCCUAGGGUUUCCAUGACUCUUGUCUUUCCCGUUUUCUCUACCCUCAACACCAUCAGAGUUGGAGAUCCAAACUAUCCGUUACUCUAACCAAAAGUAUAAGUCCUUUCUCUGAGAGAAAAAAACAGAUCAAGUAGUUCGAUUGAUAUCUUUUCUCUGUUUUAGCUGAUGGCCAAGACCAAGCCGGGUAAGAAGGACCUCGACUCCUACACCAUCAAAAGUACCAACAAGGUCGUCAAAGUGGGGGACUGUGUGUUGAUGCGGCCUGCGGAAUCGGGGAAGCCACCGUACGUUGCGCGGGUGGAGAAGAUCGAGGCUGAUCACCGCAACAAUGUGAGGGUGCGUGUCCGGUGGUACUACCGCCCUGAGGAGUCUAUCGGUGGCCGCCGGCAGUUCCAUGGUGCGAAGGAGCUCUUUCUCUCCGAUCACUAUGAUGUGCAGAGCGCUCACACCAUCGAGGGCAAGUGCAUUGUCCAUUCCUUCAAAAACUAUACCAAGCUGGAGAAUGUUGGUGCCGAGGACUACUUCUGCCGCUUUGAGUACAAAGCGGCCACCGGGGCGUUCACCCCUGACCGCAUCGCCGUGUACUGCAAAUGUGAGAUGCCUUACAACCCUGACGAUCUCAUGGUCCAAUGUGAGGGAUGCAAGGAUUGGUUCCAUCCAUCUUGCAUGGGCGUGACAAUUGAACAAGCAAAAAAGUUGGAUCACUUUCUUUGCUCAGAUUGUGAGUCUGAAAAUGAUGCUGAAAGAUCUAUGAAUGGAUUUCCAGCUUCACCAUCUUCCGAGCCCAAGGCUGAACCCAAGCGACGGAAGAGAUAAACUGUUAAUGCUGUAGAUUUGGCUUACGAGGAUGUAUGCAUUUCCUGAGAAGAUUGCUUGUCUCGAUGGUAACGUGAAAUUGUACAGUGCAGAAAACAGACUGCUUGGGAAAAAAAAGAAAAAAACAUGCCCAUGUUUAUGAACUAGUGAUGUUUAAGUUGGUAAUAUUUGUACUUCGAAGUGAACAAGGGUGUUCUCACCGUUUUUAUUGUCUUCGACUCUGUUCUAUCCACUAUACUAAGAAACAACAAAUGACAGAGUGCCACCAAUAGCUGAUCAUAAAUCAUUUACCAUGACUAUGAAAGUUACAGUACUUCCACUUGCAUCCAA